AUGGCUGAUCCAGGAGUGUUGAAAGGCUUUGAACUAAUGGAUAGUGCCGAGUCUCCUUAUUCAGCUCUUAUUGAACUUGUUACGGUAGAAGGGAAGACAAACGGUCCAUCAAAAGCACGACGAGGAUGUUAA